AUGGCGUCGGCGGUAGACACGGAUGCGCGACGAGCGCCCGGCGGCAGCGACCGCGACGCCGAGACACCGGCCACCUCCGCCAGCGACGCACCGCCAGCACCGGGCGGCCAGCUCACCACCGGCACCACCGGCAGCGGCGGCGGCCAUGGCAACGACGGCAAUGACUGCCACGACGACGACGAAGACAAUGGGCACGUUUCGACAUCGAUGAUGUCGCCGGCGUCGGCCACGUCGCCGCCGUACUGGCUCAACUCAAGCAUCCACCAGCACCAGCGGAGCGUCUCGAGCCUGUCGGCCGACUCGCUGCCCGCCGGCGCCAUCACGUUGCGCGACAACGACACGAGCGAGCACAACGACCGCAACGACGCCUGCUGGGCCAAGAGCGUCGAGAUUGUCGACUAUACCGUCGUCAACGGCAGCGCGACCAACAUUGGCGCCUUUGUCGUGUGGAUCGUGCGCGUCGAGACGCUCAACGGCAGCUACAUGAACAUACGGAAGCGCUACUCCGAGUUUGACGACCUGCGCCGGCGGCUCAUGCAGUCGUUCCCGGGCUUCGGCGCCGCGGUGCCGGAGCUGCCGCCCAAGAGCGUCAUCUCCAAGUUCCGGCCCAAGUUUCUCGAAAAGCGGCGGGCGGGCCUGCAGUAUUUCCUCAAUUGCAUUAUGUUGAACCCUGAGUUUUCGGGCUCGCCGGUCCUCAAAGAGUUUUUGUUUUCAUGA